GUGCGGGGCGGUCGCGCUGCGGCGGUCGCUGCUGCUGCUUCCUCGGGCCAUUUUGCUCCGCGCGGAGAGACGAGAGGUGUAGAGCAGGGCUAGAGGAGGCGCGGGCCAGAGGAAACGGCAGGCGGCGGGCUUCCCGCAUUCGCAGUGUCCGGAGGGGCUCAGCGAUCGCCGGCGAAGGGGGUCGGGGGCCCUUUCCCGGUCCCUGCAUCAUGAGCUGGGGCACCGAGCUCUGGGAUCAGUUUGACAACUUAGAAAAACAUACACAGUGGGGAAUCGACAUUCUUGAAAAGUACAUCAAGUUUGUCAAGGAGAGGACUGACAUUGAGCUCAGCUAUGCCAAGCAGCUCAGGAAUCUUUCAAAGAAGUACCAACCCAAGAAGAACUCAAAGGAAGAAGAAGAAUACAAGUACACGGCAUGCAAGGCGUUUCUUUCCACCCUGAAUGAGAUGAACGACUAUGCCGGGCAGCAUGAGGUCAUCUCCGAGAACAUGACAUCACAGAUCACGGUGGACCUGAUGCGCUACGUGCAAGAGCUGAAGCAGGAGAGGAAAUCGAACUUCCAUGAUGGUCGGAAGGCCCAGCAGCACAUCGAGACUUGCUGGAAGCAACUGGAGUCGAGUAAGAGGCGCUUCGAGCGGGACUGCAAGGAGGCCGACCGCGCCCAGCAGUACUUCGAGAAGAUGGACGCUGACAUCAAUGUGACCAAAGCCGACGUGGAAAAGGCGCGGCAGCAAGCUCAAUUACGUCACCAAAUGGCAGAGGACAGCAAAGCCGAUUACUCCUCUAUCCUGCAGAGAUUCAACCAGGAGCAGUGGGAAUACUACCACACCCACAUUCCCAACAUCUUCCAGAAAAUCCAAGAGAUGGAAGAAAGGCGGAUCAUGCGCAUCGGAGAGUCCAUGAAGACGUAUGCGGAGGUGGAUCGGCAGGUGAUACCCAUCAUCGGGAAAUGCCUGGAUGGGAUAGUGAAGGCGGCUGAGUCUAUCGACCAGAAAAAUGACUCCCAGCUGGUUGUAGAAGCCUACAAGUCAGGGUUCGAGCCUCCUGGAGACAUUGAAUUCGAAGACUACACCCAGCCGAUGAAACGCACGGUGUCAGAAAACAGCCUCUCCAGCUCAAAAGAAGGCAAGCCAGAGCUCAAGUUUGGCGGCAAGUCCAGAGGCAAGCUGUGGCCAUUCAUCAAGAAAAACAAGCUUGUGUCCCUUUUAACAUCCCCCCAUCAGCCUCCCCCUCCUCCCCCUGCCUCUGCCUCACCCUCUGCUGUUCCCAACGGCCCCCAGUCUCCCAAGCAGCAAAAGGAACCCCUCUCCCACCGCUUCAACGAGUUCAUGACCUCCAAACCCAAAAUCCACUGCUUCCGGAGCCUAAAGCGUGGGCUUUCUCUCAAGCUGGGUGCCACACCAGAAGACUUCAGCAACCUUCCGCCUGAGCAGAGAAGGAAAAAGCUGCAGCAGAAAGUGGAUGAUCUCAAUAAAGAGAUCCAAAAGGAGACAGAUCAGAGGGACGCUAUCACCAAAAUGAAAGACGUGUACCUAAAGAACCCUCAGAUGGGAGACCCGGCCAGCUUGGACCACAAACUUGCUGAAGUCACCCAGAACAUAGAGAGACUGCGGCUGGAGACACAGAAGUUUGAGGCCUGGCUGGCUGAGGUGGAGGGCAGACUCCCGGCACGUAGUGAGCAGGCACGCCGGCAGAGUGGGAUGUAUGACGGUCAGACACAGCAGACAGUCACUAACUGCGCCCAGGACCGGGAGAGCAGCCCAGAUGGUAGUUACACAGAAGAGCAAAGCCAGGAGAGCGAGCUCAAGGUGCUGACCACAGAUUUUGAUGAUGAAUUUGAUGAUGAGGAGCCACUUCCUGCCAUAGGGACCUGCAAGGCCCUCUACACAUUUGAAGGUCAGAAUGAAGGCACCAUUUCCGUGGUGGAAGGAGAGCUGCUGAGUGUGAUCGAGGAGGACAAGGGCGAUGGGUGGACUCGCAUCCGCAGAAGUGAAGACGAGGAGGGCUAUGUCCCUACUUCCUACGUCGAAGUCUAUUUAGACAAAAACGCCAAAGGUGCUAAGACUUAUAUUUAAUCCACUUAAAACAAAUACAAAAACCCUUAAAAGCAUUGGAGUUGUCUCUCCCAACCGCUUUGGCUGCCGUAGGCCUUCAAGAGGCCAGCAGAGAGCAAGUGAUACAGACACUCGGGGAACUGGGGUGUGCAGAGCUGCCCCGUCCUGCUUACAACUGUGUUGUCUGAAAUCUCGUCAGUGUUUCUAUUCCUUUCAACAAAAGUAUGUAGAUUUUUAAAAUGUGCGGUGGUGGUUCAUUCCUAUAAUCCCAGCACUCAGGAGGCUGAGUAAGGAGCAUCCCACCGAGUUUCAGGCUAGCCUGGGCUAUACAGUAAGACUCAGUAGAAAUUAAGUAAAUGAAAGUUAACAUUUGUUGUUUCAUCAAUGGAACUGAGUAACGUCUCCCAACAAAGAGGAUAACAUUUUCUUAGUGCCCAUGCCGAGUGUCCUUACACUUGCUGCUCAGGCCCUUUUGUUGUCUGAGUGUCCCAAACAACCAAGAUAUGUCCAGAACGGUGUGCUCCUUGAGCGAUUUAACUUUGACAUGACAUGACAGUCUUCUGGCUCUACCCGAUGGUGGAGUGUCUUCAAGCUGGUGAGGCAGGUGUACAGCAGCUAGUUGCCCAACACCCUGGGGUCAUUCGAGAAGGUUUGCCAUGAGCAGAACCUGGUGUACCACUGCACGCAACGACCCCUGCAAGUCCCUUUUUAAGAGGAAGAUUUUUUUUUUUAAUCUUUGGCAACUAUAAGACCCAAAGUUUGAACUUCCUAGGCAUCAUUUGGGGUUUCUGGCUAACUCCAGUCAGAAUAAAAUAAAGUCUCCGUAUUCUAAAGGGACCUGGGCCAUGCGGGGAUUUGCAUUUUUAAGUCAGUGCUGAUACUGGAGGGGAGAGGGUGGGAUUGGUGAUACCCAGAAGUGGUCCAGGACUGAGCUGUGCCCAUCGUGGAGCUGCAUCCGUCCACAUCCGAUCCUGUUGUUGUUGUUGUUGUUGGAGACAGGGUUCCUCUGUGUAUAUCUGACCAUCCUGGAACAUGCAUUCUGUAUUUCAGCCUGGCCUUGAAUUCAGAGACCCACCUGCCUCUACCUCCCAAGUGCUGGGAUAAAAGCAUGUGCCACCACCGCCUGGCUCACAUCUGGUCCUUCCUGUUUGACUUUGGAAAUUAUUUACAUCUUAUUAAGCACAAAAUAGAUCUUUGCCUCUAUAUUAGGGGCUCAUUUUAAUAAGCUGUUUUGUUUUGUUUGUUUGUUUGUUUUUAAUGUGGUUGGGGAUGGGAUCGGGCCGUGUGCUCGCUGGCAGAUUCACUACCACUGAGUUGUAGCCCCUGCAAUGACUCUAAAAGUGACAGCUAUACCUCUGUCUGGGCUCAGGAACCUGAAAUAGUUUCAAGAUUCUGGCAAUGAUUUCUCCUGAAUUUCACAAGGGCCUGUGAAGUGUCAUUGAGCAAGCUGUACUUACCAACCGCCUGGCUCUUAAAGACUUUUUUACUUUUUUUUUUUUUAGCCAGUGUCUUGCUAUGGAACCCAGGCUAGCCUUGAACUCUGUCUCCCUGUCUCAGUCUUGUGAUUGCUACGCUAAAGACAAUAUUUUGAAGUAGUGAUGGGCUCUUGGCAGUUACAAAGGUGGCACAAAGGGUCCCAUGCCCUCUCCAAGACCCCAGCAGCCAUACCUCACAGUCUAGUACAGUCUCAGAAACAGGAAGCUGGCCCAGCCCACCUGACAUUCAGUGCACAUUAAUUUUGUAAUUCGUAUUUCCUGUGAGUAACUUUCGCUGUCACAGUGUGUUCAAAGUCAAUCAUCCCAGGGCCCCUUCAGGUGAACAGCUUGCUGGGUGAAAUGGAGGGGCUUCCCUUGUGUAAGUUGGGGUGAGGAAACGCCAGUUUGGACAUGCAUCUGUGGCCGCAGUUUUAAGUGUGUGUUGCUAAACUGAACCCUAGCAUCCUAACAUGAACAGGUCCAACACUGUCUGUGCUGAGUGAUACUGGAUAGCUCCCGGCUCCUUAGUGGUAAUGAUAGAAAUUCCUCCUAGUCUGCUGUCCGAAAAGGGAGAUUGGAGUGUGGUUAGGGGAAGAUGGCUCAGCAGAGACAGGCAUAUGUCCCCAAGCCUGGGUCUCACGUGGCUGAAGCAAAGGACCAGCUCCCAAGAGUUGACCUCUGACUUUCCUGUGCCAUGACACAUGUGCUCACCCACACAAAGCAAGCACAACUCAGUGUAAGAAACCAGAGAGCAGGGCGGUGGGGGCACACACCUGUAACCCCAGCCGGAUCUCUGUGAGGUCAAAGCUGGCCUGGAACGGCCAGCCAGGGCUACAUAGUGAGACCUUGUCUCAAAACAAUAGAAAAUAAAUAAAUAAAUGCAUAGAGGGAGAGAUGAGCUGUCUGUAGCUUUUUCUUGUUAUUUAGAAGGUAUACCUGAGAUUAACAGUCACCUGGGAGCUAGCCCCAGUCUGGGGGUGGGGGGAGGGAGGGGACAGUAUCAUCCCGCCUAGCAUCUCCCAAACCUUGUUCCCCAAACCCCUACAAGUCCAGUUGCUGCUCCUCAACUCCCAAGAAUUCAAAGCAGUUCUUGGAUAUUUUUGGGAGGAGGGGUUCCAAACAGGACCUGGAACUUGCUCUGUAAACCAGGCUGGCCUCGAACACAGAGACCUGCCUGCCUCGGCCUCCAGGAUUAAAGGUGUGUGUCCACCACUGCCCAGCUGCACCUUCUGGAUUUUUAUAAAAUAAUGCCAGGGCACUUUCUGUGUAUGUGUGUGGUAUCUGUGACAUACUUAAUCAUUGCCAAAAUCCUAGAUUGCUCUGAGUCUCCUGGGGUAAUGUUGCUUUUUACAUCACCUUCUGUUGAACACGCCCAUAAUCCUGCCCCGCAGGGGAUAUUUGUAUAUAUUGCAUUUUGAAAACUAAACAGAUUCUUUGAACAGUGUUGUUUUAGUCUUUUACCUAUCUGUUUUAUUUGUUAUUCUUCUGCCUAACCACUUUUUGUUUUUAUAACUAUUGGGGAGGCCCGAGGACUCUUGCACUGUAGCUAGGUCCGGCUGGCUGCUGCACACUUGAGUUUAUUGUAAAACCCUGGGUUCUGAGUAAGUUGUUUGAAUACAGCUGUCAUGGUUGUUUCUUUCUAUUCUCAUCCUAAGAGAAAAGAAUCUGCCUGUCAUCCUCCAGUUGUGCCCUCGUAUCUGCCUCUCUAAUAAAUGUUAUUAUUUUUUCUUGGUGCUGUGUAUUUUAAGUGAUUUUUCUCUUUUUCACAUUACUCUCUGUGUUAAGUGUGUAACUCUCUCACCUCUGGUACUGAGGAAUUUUCCAGCCAAAAGCUUUUUUGUUUUUCCAAAUAAUUCUGCCUCCCUAUUCUUAUCCCUCCUGUCCUCAGGGCUGGGAGCAUCUGCUUUCCUUGUCUUCCCUCGCCUCUGGGGAUGGAGAGCUUUCGCUGCUCAGUGAGGCAGGCAGCCUUAGGCUCCCCUCUCACCCAGGGCAUCCGUCCUUACUGCCGAGAGACCUCCUGUUGCAAUGGGAGAGAGAAUUUGCCCUUUAGCUUCCUGGCACCAUCCAAAAAAAAAAAACAAAAAAAAAAAAAAAACCCACAGUUCAGUUGAGCAGGUUGUUAACCCAUUGACCUUUUGUUUUGGUCCAGAGAUGGGGCCAGCUAAAGAUGGCAAUAAAAAGCCAUCUGUCUUCCCAGAGUGUGGAAAGUGGAAGCAUGACCUUGAGUUCAAGGUCAUCAUCAGCUAUAUAGAGAAUCUGAGGUCACCCUAGGCUACUUGAGAGCCUGUCUCAAAACAAACGAUUAAAGCCUCGAAAGCUCUCCACAACAGAGCCACUCUGGCAAACAAUUACUGAAAUCCCUUCCCUUCUCCCCAAGGCAAGCAGUUUGCCAGUGGCAAAGUGCCUGCCUCUCACCUGAGGCUUCCUCUAACCCGGGGCUUUUCUUUUUUCUUUUUGUGUUAUAGGUUCCUAAAGGCAGUGCACAUGGCCAGAGUUCCCCGUGAGCCUCCCCAGGAGCCACCAUCAUCCAGCCCACUUGUCCCCACAGGUCUCCAGCGUCACCCAGGCCGGCGGGGCAUCCCGCUCAUCUGCAAGCUGGGUUCCCUUGUCCCACCUCCCCUUCUCUUCAUAGCGUUGCUCCCGUGGCUCUGCCCAUUGUCCUGGCAGGGGCAUUUCUCUUCCUCAGCCCCACGCAGGGAUUGUCCGCCUCGCUCCAGUCCCCUCCCACACAGGCCACAAAGCCAACUGGACUUGCGCCCGUGUGCCCCUGCUCCUGCUGGGCUCCCAGUCUACCUGCAGACUGCCUGGCCUUCCUUGCACAUCUCACACUGUGCCUUUCGUCAGCCGACACCACUGGUUUCCUGGGUGACUACCAGAAUCCAGCCAAGGAGGGCCAGGCAUGCACUGGGUGGACUGAGCGCCCACCUGUCUCCCAGGUGUCUCUUGGGACGUCAGCAAAUGUGUCCUCUCCAGAGGCUUCUGCCUCACACCCUCUGGUCACCUAUCCUCCAACUUCUCGGCACUGACACCUUUCCUCCUUCAUCCCAGUGGCUCUAUGGUGGGACUAGGGCAUCCGGCCCCUCCCCACCUGCACUCUGGUUCUAAACAUGGCCCAGGAAGAUCCAUACUAAAGUCCCAACCCUAGCUGUGGGCCAGCCCUGUUGUCUUGCUUGUGUCUGCCUUCUGUGAGCUGUCCGCCUGUUCAUGGCACCCUGUGACAAAGGGCCUCUCACCCACUAGCUCGAUACUGUAAGGCGGACCUGCUGAGCCCCAUAAGUAGCAUUUGAGGACUCUACUAUGUUCCUCACCAAAGACCUUAUGCCUCUUGUGGUCCCUCUGGUGGCUCUGCGGCCACCACGUCUGCAUUUGAUCCUGGAAGCCCUGAGGAAUGGAUGGAGUUUGCUUUUGAGGCUGUGUUCCUCUCACUUGAUGGAUCUUCGCUCGAGAACCAAGAUGGUCGGUCAUUCACGCCUUAGAGCCACACAGCUUCUCCCCCCUGCACGGAAGCCCCAGUGAAGGCCGCCCUGUUAGCAUGAGCUUCUGGGCAGCUGGUAGCUUGGCAUCAUGUCAGAGGAUCAAAGACAUGGGAGUCUUACAGAGACAGGGACAGAAAGGGCAAUGUCCUCAGGUCUGGCCUGGGUUUUGUCCAAAGUUUGCAUAGAUUCAGACAUUCUCCGCAAACUGGGGCUGGCACACCAUGCUGCAGACUAGUACUGCUAACUUCAUAGCAGAAAGGGGGGGUACCAGGGCGGGGAGGGAUACCAGGGCCGGGUGCAGGGACAAGGGCCUGGCUUUGGAUUUCAAGAGCAAGCAAGGAUUAGCUUUCUCCACCCCCCCCCUCCUCCCAAGCAAGGCCAAGCCCGGGGUCCUGCACACUGUCCUCUGGGCCCCCCGUGGGGCUGUUCCAUGAACCACAGUUUCUGUUCCCUGUAGCAGGUGUGCCCUUAGUCCCAUGAGGAAGACUCAGUGAACAAAAUGGAAGCCUGGUACCUAAGGGUGAUGUCAGGGCCUCAGCUCUGACACAGUUAACCCAACUUCAGCAGGUCACCAGAGCCUCGGGUUUUUCACCAAGUUGGGCUGACCGCUGCCCCUCCCUGAGGAAGCUAAGUGGUUUUUACGGGUCUGCUUGCAGACCUCGGUAAUGCAUGAAGGCCGUGCCUCCCAUCUCCUGCCUGGAUUAAGAACGGCUCUUGCCACAAAGAUAAAAGGGAUAAGCGGCCGAUCCGUGACUGUUGAAACCUCUGCUUGUCUCCCUUCUCUUCUAACUGCCUGUACUACCUAUGUCCAGAGGAUGGCAGAUGAGCGUCUUCUGGCCAGUUCUCUAAGCUGCCCAGUCCACUGUGGGAAUCCUGUGGAAUCGGACGGGGACGGGGUGUGCAGGGUUUCCCAGGGAGCUCAGCAACCCCUCUCUCCAGGACCCGCUGCCUGUCAUCCCUAGCUGCUAGAGCUGUUACAAGAAUGACUCACUGUAAAAGAACCUGCCCUGCAAGUGACUUAGAGAUGAAAAUAAAAGGAACUUGACAUUU